GCCGAGUUAGACAAAAACGAAACACUGAAAUCGGCCUAAGCGAAAUGACUGGUGUGGGUUCAAUGGAUGGCCAUGGAACCAGUUGUUUAGGCUUGCGGCCCAAUCGAUACCCAUGGAAGGCUUAUUGACGGCGAUCGUGUUCCGAAGAUCUUUCUCUUCUGUCGCGCUCUCCUCGAAAGCUUCUUCUGGUGUGCAUCUCUGUGUGAAUGAACAGGAAUGUAUAGCCCAUAUAGGGUUUUUAUUUCCUGAGCUUUUGAAAUUUUUGGUGUUGAAUAUUUUUGAAGACCGGUAAAGUUACACUGUUUGGGCGUUGGAAUUUGAUUUGUGGGAUCUUUGAAGUUUGAACUUUGUUUGCUCGUCCUCGUCUUAUGCCAAUACAUCGAAUUUGGUUACUUGAGUUCGAGUGAGUGAGUGAAGUUUUUAGUUAAUCUUUGAACGGAACUUGGGGAUUUUCUUGAACUGGAAACUUUAGGUUUUGCAAGAAUCCAAAUAUGUCAACCGGCAAACCCAAAGACGGUGAUCUUCAGGUGGUUUCAUUGCCAGACAAGUCAAAGCCGCCGCUUCCACCAGGGGCAGCGACAUCAAAUGCACUUGUGGAAUAUACUCCUGUUGGUUUCAAGGAGGACGAAGAGGACCUGGAGGUUAAGCUCCGACGGAUUAUUGAUAAUGUGCCCGUUCGUGUCAGCAACACGUCUGGUAGUUCUGCUGGUUCCGGCUCCGGUGACUUUCAUCAGUAUCGGCAGAUGAGACGCAAAGAGCAAGAUAGACUUGCAAGGAUGGAAGUUGACUAUCAGAAAAGGAAAGAAGUGGCAGAGUUUAAUAUGAGAAGGGAAGAAAGAUUAAAAGCUGCUGAGGAACGAACAGCGAAGAAGCGGUUGAAGCGGCAGAAGAAAAAGCAAAGAAAGAAGGAGAAGAGGAGUAAGUUGAAUGCUGGAGAAGAGCAGCAACAUAAAGAAGAGUCUUCAGAUGAUGGGGACUCUGACAAUGAAGAGGAGGCAACAUAAUAAAACAAGCCUUGGCUGUAAGCAUAAUACUUCUACCUUUUCCAUUCAUGAGUACACUAAUUUGUAUGUGUUUGAGGCAAUAUUUCAUGCAGCCAAAAGGUCCUAAAUGUGGUUUUGGUUUUGGCAAACGUGUUUUCAAACACAUCCUUAGACAGAACAUACACAGUCAUGGUGCUUGAUUGGGCUUUUCAGGUUUUGUAUUUGUUUAGUGAGAUGCAAUCUUUGUAAGAUUAAUGGAUGACCAUGGGACUGAGUUUUCUUUUUCCCUACAUCUCCCAGUUCUCUAGAACAAUGACUGCCUCGUGUUCGAUUCACUCAAAGUAUAAAAUGUGGAAAGAAAUUUUCAAA